GUAAGUAAGGUUUAGGAACAAGAGGGAAUUGUUGCUGGUGAUACAGUUCAGUCAGACAGACACAACUUAGAUUCUGCCUGCAGCGUCCCUGCACGUGUGUUUCAAACAACCAGGACUGGAAGUGCAGGCAGCAGAGAGAGGGUGUUGCCUGCGAGCAGAGGUCAAGCAGGCGGGCAGGCAGAGGGGAAGCCGGUGGAUGUUUUUAAGAGUUUGCUUAUCUGACACUGACAACAGGAUGAGAAGCUGAGCAAGGGCGCAGAGAGGGGGACAGAAACAUGGAGGGAAUAACGUGUUUGUAUAGGAGAGACAGGUUACUUUGAGAAAGGUGGAAAGAGAAAGAGAUAGAGGUUAAAAAGUCAAAUUUGUCCAUUUUAUCCAAAGGAGCGAGAGCGAGAGCCGAGGGAUCGUAACACUGGAGCUCAAGGAUAAACCAUGGACUCUGCAUACAUCCCACUACACCUGGACGUCCACCAUGUUCCCUGCUAACCUCCUGCUCCUCAUGGUGCUGCUGCUACCUCAAGCCUCGUCUGGUGGCCAGGGUGGAGACACCAGCGAGAUCAACCAUGGCAGGAUGCCCCCCAUGCCUUCCUCUGUGCCGCCCUCCCCGCCUGGCUCCUUCUUAAAGCCCAAUCUGGCUCAGACCAUCCAGAGUCUCCUCCUGAGCCGGCUGGGCUUACAGUCGCAACCCGACCCUCGGCCUGGGGUGCCAGUGCCGCGAUACCUCCUGGAUCUCUACCGCUUCCACCAGCAGCAGUACCAUCUGGUGGAGGACCCGUUGUUCAGCUUCCCCAGCCAGCACAUCCAGCAGGCGAACACCGUACGCAGCUUUCACCAUAGUGAACCCCUUGCAGACACCCCAGAAGCAGAAGAUCAUAAGAGGGUGCACAUCUCCUUCAAUAUUUCCUCCUUCCCUCAGGAUGAGAGGUUGCUCUCAGCUGAACUACGGAUCCUCCGCAGUGACCAAGCUUUGCUUGGCCCUGGAGCCCACAGACUAAAUGUAUACCUCUCUGAGCACCGGGAGGAUCCUGAGUCUACCCUGCUGGAGACAAGGUUACUCGGCACUGGUGUCAACAGUCAUAAAGGAAGUGGUUUCUGGGAGGCCUUUGGCUUGAAAACAGAGCUCCUCCAAAAGGCCCUUGCUGGGAGUGGCAGCGUGGGCUUCCUCCUGGAAGUCAGACCUGAGAACAGUACCACGCUGCUGCCAGAUCACAGCCUCUCCUCUGCUGCAGGUGAGGAGAAUGCAAAGAAACACAAAGAGGGACAUCUAAGAGUGUGCAGGUCUGUGGGUCAGGAUGAGCACAGCUGGGCCCAGGAGAGACCCCUCUUGGUGACUUACAGUCAUGAUGGGCGUGGGGAGCCCUUGGUAAAACAUGGUAGGAGGACCCCAAGUGGUGGCCAAAGGAUGAGAGGGAGAAAAGGAAAGAAAGAAAGGUCCAGCAGCAACAAGGGCAGCAUUAGAGACCAAACUUUGCAGAGGGCUAAAAAAAAUGGGUACACAGGUCCAGGCUGGGGGGUUAAUAAGGGAGGAAUCAGCUGGAGCGAUCGUGGAAGGGUUAAAAGGAAUGGUGGUCGUGCUGCCAAACUGAAACGCCUUUCCCGUAACAGAUGCCGUCGCCAUCCUCUAUACGUAGAUUUCAACGAUGUGGGCUGGCACAAGUGGAUCAUUGCACCAAGUGGCUACGACGCCUUCUUCUGCCUGGGAGAGUGCCGCUUUCCUCUGGCAGACCACAUGAACUCCUCAAGCCACGCCAUGGUUCAAACUCUGGUAAACUCUGUGAAUGGAGCCGUGCCGCGGGCAUGCUGCGUCCCCACCUCACUCAGCCCCAUCGCCUUGCUCUACCUUGACCCUCAAGACCGAGUGGUGCUGAAGAAUUACCAGGACAUGGUGGUGGAGGGCUGCGGAUGCCGGUAGUGACUCGAAGCGCUCACACAGAAAAAGCCAGACUAGGAUGGAGAAGCAUCAUGGGAAUAGGGCAAAGAAGAAAGACGCAGGGAAAGGCAGAUGGUAGGAAGAAGAGCCGGUGGCCUCUUACUGCAAAGACUGAUUGAGACAAAUGUAGCAGCAAAAGAAGGAUGAGUGAAGAGGAAGGAGACAAGGCAAGGCAUAUAGUCGCUUUAUCAUCAUUGUCAGGCGCACGAAAGAGUCAGAGUCAAGAGUGAGAGAAAGUCCUGAUCUGCCACACACCAGGACUAAAGAUUAGACUAAAGGCAUUAUGUAAACUGCCAGGAAUCACUGUUCAAUGUUUUCCCAUAUGCUGAUGAUGCAGCUGUUUACACCAUCAACCGAGCCAAUGCUUUAACAUCCAAGGUGUCUACUCUAUACAACAUUGCAGUGUUUUCCACUCAUCACACUCUCACAUGGUUGUUGACAGGCACAUGCACAUGUGUUUAGAUGUUGUGGAUUGGAGCUGAAAUGGCAAACUGUCACAGAAGGCAGGUUCAGAUUUAAAGCUCUGUAGCAAAACUGUGCAACUUUAUCAAUGGACUUUCUGAUGAUUAGCAGCAUUUGCAAUAUGACGAUGGCACUAGCGCAGUGUCCAAACUGCAUCAGUGCCGUUCCUGUAGUAUUUGAACCAAAAAUGGGGUGCAUUUAUUUCUAUGAACAGUAAGAGAAGGAUACUGUCACUUGUAAGCGCUCCUACAUCACAUGCUAUUUAAAACCACAACAAUAAUGUUGAUGAAUUGUUAUGUUAUUGUUUGAAUGUACUACCAUCACCAUUAUUUAAAAAAGAGACAUUUUUUUGUACAUUUAUUUUGCAGACGUGAAAAAAUUCAAGUUGUCUUGUGAUAAUACAUAAUUCCACUGUAAGGCAAUUCUAACUUAAACGACACAUUAUGUAUUUAAAUAGCUGCAAUAUGGUGUAUUUAAUCAUGAAAUAUUUAAGAUACAUGCACUCAACAGAGCAUUCAACAAACUGAGAGCCACAUGAAAAUAAGUUAUGGUAGCUUUACAUCUGUAAAACUGUUCAGUGUAUUGAAUUAACAGUCUGUGUUACUUAAACAUCCAAACCUGUCAUUGCACACAUUUUGCUGCCCAACACAUGCCAGCAGUCAUGUGAGGUGCCGUCUUCAAAAGCUCAACUAACACGCCGAUGAAAGCUCUGUGUAUUGUAGCUGCUGAAGUGAUAGUUAUGUCUGCAUGUGGCAAGUUUAAAAAAAGGAAAAAAUGAAAAUUAAACUGGGACUUUAGUGCCUUUCAAAACAGGGGCUUUAAAAGUGUUCUCUGCUGAGCUUAGUAACUGUUUUUCAGUGUUGCAUUUUUCUCUCAAUGGAAACAUUUAAGCAACAGCUUGUAAAAUGUUUGACAAUAUACCUCUAAUAAACAAA